UGCGGGCAGGAACGCUACAGUGCGGCAGGAAAACCGCAUCAACAGCCAGGUUGUACGCACGGGUAGUACAUGGCAACGAAAGGAUGAAGACCUGUGUUUCAAAUGGACCCAAAUGAAGGAAGUAUUUUUGUUUCCAUCGCGGCCGAGAGGCAGUUUUCUCAGUGAAAUCCAAGGAGACCCGACCUCGGUCCGACGGAGUCUAUCCUAACUGGCAGGGAGCAGGGAGCAGAAUGGAGGAAAUACACUGAUUCUAGAGGCUCAUUGUGAAAAGGCGACAGAGAGAGUCAAAAACACAGCCUCUCUGGCGUUUUGUGACUGAAGGAAGCAGUGAAAUAUCUGCUGGAACACAUCUCUUCAGGUCCCAGCCGUGUAUUGUUUUCCCACCAGAUUCCUGCAGUGGGAUGCUUCGCCGCUGCGCUUCCUCUUAGGGCUCCGAGGCUGCAGUUAACGGGGAAAUAUGGGUGAAGUUCAGGACGCCGGAGAUGCCAAGAAAGCCUUUGUGGCUCCAGCGAUAAAAUCUUUUGAGCAUUAUGACUUAUCCCGAGCUAAAAUUUGUUGCAGCCUCACUUGGUUGGUGGCCAAAGCGUACGGGACAGACAGUAUUCCAGCAGACCUGAAGGACCCUUUCUACACAGACCAGUAUGACCAAGAGCACCUGAAACCUCCUGUGGCCAGCCUCCUGCUCUCUGCAGACCUCUACUGCAGGGCUGGCAGCCUCAUCCUGAAAAGCGAUGCUGCCAAGCCACUGCUGGGUCACGAGGCUGUCAUCCAGGCACUGGCUCAGCGUGGUCUUUACGUAACUGACCAGGAAAGGCUGGUAACUGAAAGGGACCUGCGGAAGAGGCCUCUGCAGAUGAGCGCCCACCUGGCUAUGAUUGACACUCUGAUGAUGGCUUACACAGUGGAGACUGUCAGUGUGGAGAAGGUGAUGGCUUGCAUUAGCCAGUACUCAUCCUGUGACCCUGAGGUGGAAACACCUUACGACACAGAAGACACAGUGACCACCUGGAUCAACAAGGUGAAUGAAUAUCUGAAAGACAUUGUAGCUCAGGAGCAGAGGAAGAAGGAAACACAGAGUGCUGAGACAGCUGGGAGUCCUCGGUCUCCAACCAAGUGGUACAUGAAGCUUGUGCCUGCUCGCUACAGAAAGGAACAGACUACAACCCAGCCGGCUCCUUGGAUCCCCCAAGUGGACAAUCUCCUGAAAGACAGCACAGACGGCUCAGCGCUGGGUGCACUCAUGCAUUUCUACUGCCCUCACCUGCUUCCACUGGAUGACGUCUGCCUAAAAGAGAACAUGACUCUGGCCGAUCGACUGUACAACCUGCAGCUCAUCCAAGACUUCUGCAAGGACAACCUGAACAGCUGCUGCCACUUCAGCCUGGAGGAUAUGCUCUACGCCUCCUCCACCAUCAAGAAUAAUUACCUGGUGUUCAUGGCAGAGCUGUUUUGGUGGUUUGAAGUGGUCAAGCCAUCUUUUGUAAAACCCAGAGUGCUGGAAAUUGAGAGCACAGAGCCCUCAUCCUUGUUAAAGAAUAUACCAGUAAUCCCCAUCUCUAAAGCAACAAAGAGAAGUUUCAUGGAAAGACCCCCAAGCCCUGAAAGACCUAGUUUGCCUCUUCGUCCACAACCUCGGAACUCAGGAGAAAUCAAGAGGUCAACAUCAAUGUCCUUUGUUGAUGGCAACCUUGGCACCUGGCCCAAAGAAAAAAGGUCUGGGCCCUACGGAGUAUCUUUUGACAUCCCCUUUAGUAAGGAGGACAGUGCUUCUGCCCUUCCGUCCUCCAUGCGUGGUAUGGUCAGGUCUAUCAGCACCGACGAUGGUUCUGGUUUCAAGGUGCACCACAUGCCCCGAGGAAUGAAGCGGAACCUGUCCUUCCAGCCAGUAAAUGGUCAGAGCGUUGCCAUCGAAGAAGAGGGCUGCCCCGAUAGCCUUGCUGUCAUGGACGCUGACAUGCAAGCAUUCGCCAAUGGGCAUGGAGGUGUCAUGGCACCAGGCCCCUCCAUGGACGAGGCCCUCCAGAUCGUCCAUAGCCCAAGUAGGCCUCCAGCAGAAGGCAUCAACAAUGGUUUCUUCUUGCACAGUCAGAGCCACAGGGCUGCUGCUGCUGCUGGCUUAGAUGCAACGUCUGAGGGAGACUCUAAAGGUCCUCUGAGCAUCACAGACACUACAGAGGUUGACACCGGCAUCCAUAUCCGAACAGAAGAUAUGCUAGACGAAGAUUCCUCUCUGAAAGACUGUUCAGUGAAUAUGGAGUUGGACAUGGAUACGCCAAGCCCCUGUCCUAGCAGUCUCAGCAAAUCCCCCUCAGCGGUGAAGAUGACCAGCUUUGCCGAACAGAAGAUGAAAAAGCUGAAUCCGUCAGCACCUGACUCAGGUCGGGGCAGCAGCAGCUCCCUGAAGACCACACCAGAGGGCUCUGAGUUUGGCCUUCCAUUAUCUGUCUCCUGGGCACCGACCCCCGAGCACAGCCCCAUCCAUCACACUCCGCCAGCCCUCACCCCUCAGAAGCCCUCUACAAGUGUCCAACUUCCACCCAAUGAUCCAGCACAAGUCAUGGCUACAGAGAUGGUGCAGCUAAGGAUGAGGCUGGAGGAGAAACGGAAAGCCAUUGAAGCACAGAAGAAGAAAGUGGAAGCUGCUUUCACAAGACAUCGGCAAAAGAUGGGACACUCUGCAUUCCUCAACGUGGUGAAAAGGAAAGGCGAUGGAGCUGCUAGUGGAGAGGAAGUCGGGAAAACUGAAGGAGAGGGACAGUCAGCAAGCACAAGUCCCUCCUUUAAAUUUGGGAGGUGCAAUUCAGACACGCCUGACGGGGCAGAACAAAGCAGCACAGCUUCCUGUUGGCAAAAGUCGCCCGGUGCAGGUGAGGAAGGAGCCCAGAGUUCUGCUCAACUGACUGAAGUAGAUCUCACUGAGUAUACGCGCUCCAUCGAGAAACUCAACCAUUCUCUGGCAUUCCUGCAGACAGAGAUGCAGCGAUUAGCUCAGCAACAGGAAGUGAUUAUGGCCAUGAGGGAACAACAGCAUCAACAAUCAUGGGUAAUCCCUCCUUCACAUACAAACCCCUCGCCACAAAAACACAAUCGAGCUGUCACUCGAUCCUCAGGACCCUCUUCUCCCGCAGACUCUCCUCGUUCUGCCCACCGCUCUCCGACCAGCAUUAAACGCAAGUCGGCCUCCUUCCACUCACGUAAUCCUCGAACUGUUCGGCCAAACGAGCUCAAGUUGGCCCCCUACAAUCGAAUUCUGACUGCGCCGCAGUCUGUCGAUAGCAUCCCAAGACUACGUAGAUUUUCUCCUUGCCAGCCGUUGGCAAGUUCCUUCGCUUACAUGAGCGAGAAACCAGCAACUGCUAAUCCAGAGACUGUAACUCGAGAUGGAGACAAAAGCAAGAAAACUGAAUCGGUGAUUUCCCCAGAGAGAGAUCUGGCAAGUGUAUGCAUCGUCCACUCGCCCCAAAAAGGUGCAGUAGAUACAAAUGUCAGCAAGCUGGAAGCAGAAGCUCAUGGCCACUCUGCGACUGCCGAUAUCGAGGCAGAUUAUGAGAAUACUGAAGAUCAGACAUCUGUUGUAGAACUCAAACCCACCAUGCAGUCAUCUUUCCCCGAGUUUCUGGCUCACCCUGUGGUAGAGACGUUUACCGUGACGCCCACAGAAAUUCCCCCUCAUCCAGACUCCUCCAGUCAGACCAAAAGUAAUUUGAUAGAGGUACCCCUGUCAGUCGUGAAGCCCCUGGAGUAUCUGCCCCUUGACGAUGGACUGGAGGCACAACAGGGCAACGUGGAAGCUCAGGAUGAUGAACAGAAGACAUGCCAUGGUUUCUUCUUCAAGGAGGAUGGAAAAGCCGAGGAGAACAUGGCUCAGAAGAGGGCUGCACUGCUGGAGAAAAGGCUGAGGAGGGAGAAGGAGAGUCAGCAGAGGAAGAUGCAGCUGGAAGCUGAGCUGGAGCAGAAGAAAGAGGAAGCCCGACUGAAAGCAGAAGAGGAGCGGAUCAGGAAGGAGGAGGACAAGGCGAGGAAGGAGUUCAUCAAGCAGGAGUACCUCAGGAGGAAGCAGCUGAAGCUGAUGGAGGACAUGGACUCUGUUAUCAAAGCUCGGCCAGCCACUGGGGCCAAGCAGAGGCGGGGUCGCCCCAAGUCCAUCCAUCGUGACACUAUAGACUCCCCAAAAACCCCAGUCAGGGCUGCCACAGGUUCACGCCAACGUGUCUUUUCAGUUUCUAGCUUGUCCCUGGCUUCCCUCAACCUUGGAGACAGUGACAGUGUUCACUCUGACAAGAGAGGACCAAGGAGUGCUAGUUUAGCUUCUGGCAGCCUCUUCUACUUUCUGAGGUCUCCUAAACUGAGAAGGAGGAGACCUGACUCUGCAGAUGGCUUCCUCUCUCCGAGUUGCUCUAGCAGCAGGAAUGGUGAGAAGGACUGGGAAAAUGGAUCCACCACUUCCUCCGUUACAUCCAACACAGAAUAUACUGGACCAAAGUUGUACAAGGAGCCCAGUGCCAAGUCUAACAAACACAUCAUCCAGAAUGCUCUGGCCCACUGCUGCCUCGCUGGAAAGGUCAACGAGGGGCAGAAGAACAAGAUCUUGGAGGAGAUGGAGAAAUCCGAAGCGAACAACUUCUUGGUUUUGUUCCGAGAUUCUGGCUGCCAGUUUCGUUCUCUCUACACCUACUGCCCCGAGACAGAGGAGAUCAACAAGCUGGCGGGCAUCGGCCCCAAAAGCAUCACACGCAAGAUGAUUGAGGGCCUUUAUAAAUACAACUCGGACAAGAAGCAGUUUAGCCAGAUACCAGCGAAGACCAUGUCAGCCAGCGUGGACGCAGUGACCAUCCACAACCACCUCUGGCAAACCAAGAAGCCAGCCACUCCAAAAAAAGUAGUGCCUGUCCAGUCCUAAUGGAACUCGAUUCCUGUAAACAUUGUAGUUUCUCCCCGGAGUGGAAAGACCCUAUUUAAAAUUGCACUUCACUGUACAUAUCCAUAAAGAUUCAAACACCUGCAACGCCAGUUAGAUGAAUGCAUUUUUGUCCUUUUAUACGUUUGUUUCUCCUGUCAUUGCACUCACGUCCUCGCUCAUCCUGCAUAAUCUGGACUGGAUGUGACAGAACUCAACAAUUGUGAACAACUGGAAUGUAUGACAAGGUCGAGGAAUGAUGUAAAUGUAGUCAUGUGCGUGUUUGUAAGGAUUGGGCAUGUUGGCGUCAGUUUUUUUCGAGGCUACGUCUGAGUGUUGUACUUGUUCUCCAUGUGCCAAACGUCAAAAAAAACAGACAGUAUGAAUGCCAGAACAGUUUACUGGGUACACUGAAGCACUGAAUGUUUUAAUUCAUGUACAGGUUGGUUUGUGUUUGCAUUAUCCUGUUGAUGUGUGGCCUUAUUUGGUUCAGCGUGAGAGUGUAAUGAGAUGACUGCAAAGCAAAUGCUCUUCCUGUAUUUUCAGGAACUCUUUUGUUCUUUUGUCUUCAUCUCUGUGAGUAAACAGUUUGUGUAUCACGGUGAGUAAAACACUAAAGGGCCAAAAACGUACUUUUCAUACAGCUAGCAUUAGCCACACAGAUUUCGUGUGUUCAGCUUGACAAAGCCAAUCGGUUUCAGCUUUUCCCAAACCGUGUAGAGAAAGCAGGAUAUGACCCUGGAUGGCUGGUUAUCAGCCUGUGGGUGAAGACGCCCACAGAGUGGUUUUUGCAGUAAUGGACAAUGUGCGAAUACACAGACACUCUGUCACCUUUUGAAGCUGCAGUGGUUACUUUUUGGUGUAUGAAGAAAUGUUGCAGUUUACUAAAUGUUUGGCCUCGGAGGCAAUCAGUAUAUUUGUCGUGUUGCAUCCAAAAGAAAUGGCGAUCCAGUGAUGCAGAUCUCCUUGCUGCUGGUUCACAGCAGGUUUGUGAACAAAAAACACAGCUCAGUAUUUUAUUUUGUUUUUUUCUUAUUGUCAUUAUUAUUA